AAAAACCAUUUGCAGUAUUUAAGAAAAAAACUCAAUUUUACGCAUCUACCAUUACUGUUGGACCAAAUACAACUGCUAAUGGUUACAAUAAUAACAUAGUUGAACCAAAUGCGACCGCCAACAGUUACAAUAAUAACAUAGUUGAACUAAAUGCGACCGCCGACAGUUACAGUAAUAAUAACUUAACAGUUAGCAUAUUAAAAGAAGUUCCCAAACCAAAAGAACCAUCAACUUAG